AUGAUGUGAAAGACUUGUAACAGACUAUUAAAUCGGAAAGGAGCGUGUGAUAGAUUCAGGUAUCGCCGUUGCAGAGUUGCAUCGUAAUCGCGAACUGGUUCUUUCAGCGCCAAGAAGUGAAGUCAAACAUUCAGGCAUUCAGGCACACCCGCAUCUCCAGCUGUAGCUUCCUCGAACAACGCGCUUCUUGCAACCACAGCAGACAGAACACUGCUCACCCCCACCGAAACAAUGAAUACAAAAUGAAACCUCCAAAAGCAACAUGCUCAAUUUCAUGGACUAUGUCCAGACAGCGUUUUAUCGCAAAUCGCGAUGGAACGUCGACAACAGCUAUGCCUCCUUGACCACGACCUCGAUCAACCUUCUCGACUUCCAAAUACCAUCUGGUCUGAGACUCCAUGUCUCCUCCUUGUCCUCGCCGAACUUCGCAACGUCGUAUACGCUGGGUAGUAGAGGCGUGGUGGAUGGGUCGUUGAGCUUCUUGUACACGAAUUUGGGACUACAAGUUGCGAGUAAGAGCAGUGAUGUGCCGUUGAGCAAAUUGGUGAGAGGAUAUAGACAUUUGCAGGAGCUGCGGGGGCCAGAUGCGAAGGAUAUCUCACUGGAAGAUCGGAAAAGGGAUUCGUUGCUUUAUGGCCGUCUGUAUUUGCCCAACAGCUCGCUCGAAGCAUUGUAUUUGAGACGAAUUUCUCCAAGCCGACUUUUCCAGCUCAAAUGCGUGUCGGACGAGAGAUUGCCGAAUGGAGGCACGCUUCUGGCGAGUUUGCAGAAUGAUCAGGGCAAAUACACGACAGAGUAUCUAUACUCGACAGAUUCAGCUUUGUUGGGCGUUCGCGGACUCUACAACUUCGGCCAUGACCCACGCCAUGCCCCCGACGAUCAACAUGCGAUACAGGUCGACAAGCUGCCCGCUCACCCGUGGGAUCACCAAGGCGGAAGACUCAGCGCAGGCGCCGAAGCAUACUUUAGUCCAUUGAACAAAUCAGGCGGCAUCAGCACAGGCUUGCGCUUCACCACAUUGCCCUCGCAUACUGGCUUUCCCUAUACGAUGGCUCUGACAGUCAAUCCGCUUAUGGGGAAUCUGUCUUCCACAUAUGCCGUCAAAGCAGGGCCGAACUUGGCUUUGUGCUCGCGUUUUGAUUUCAACGUGUACAGCUAUGAGAGCGACGUUGUUGUAGGACUGGAAUUGUGGCAGCGGGAGCAGCCUACUGAGGAGAAUGUAUGGGCGCAGCAGCUGAUUCGUGUUGGGUGGAAGAAGACAGAUGAGGAUGUGAAGGGAGUUCUGAAGGCGAGAGUGGACAAUCAUGGGAAGGUUGGGGUGCUGUGGGAGUGCCGAUUCAAAGAGCUACUGCUGGGUGUGGGUGCCGAUGUGGAUCUCAAGAAGAGUGAGAGGAUUAUUGGUCAAAUUGGUCUUGAAGUGAGCUAUUCUAGCUGAUCACAGCCCAUCGUGUUGGCACGUCCGUGGACGCGAGGAUAUUCCCACAGACCGAUUGUGGUCAUCUGAUCCCGCCUCCCUGUGAGCGAGGAACCCGAAAUGCGUCGGAAGAACAGUACUCCAGAUUCUCAACCAGGCAGAGAAAUCUAUGAAAUCAGAGAAAGCACGCCGACUUGACACCAGCCCUCUCCCUUCGCUCCUCAAGCGUCAUCGAAUUCUCCUGCUCUGCCGCCACUUUACUCGCCACCGACUUGCACUCCUCCACGAGACCAGCAGCAUCUCCGAGAACUGCCUUAGCAGCCCUCAGAUCCUUCUCCAAUUCCACGGCACGUUCGGGUGCUUUGUCCAUGUGCACUCGAUAUUUGG